AUGGAAGGAGUGGCAUCAGCGCUCAGCCUUGCGGACCUUUGCAUAAGAUAUGGCAAUCUUCUCGUUCAAACUUGCAAAUCAUAUAAACAUGCAGACCAGGAAAUCAGAGAAUCUAUCCUGCUUAUAGAAACUUUGUGGUUGAAAAUCCAGAGACAGCUCGAAUUACUUCGUAAUAUCUGGGACACUCUGGACGACGACUAUCAGAUUCAUCAAAAUGGCGUCCUCCAAGUGUUGCAAGGGAAAGCCCAGGCUGCAAUUGCUUCGAUUGACCAGGUUGUCGGAGACUCGAAAGAGGGAAGCACGAUGAGAAGUAUGAUGUCGAAGAAGGGCGAAUAUAAGCGCCUGAAGUACGCAACCUGGGUAAAGAGCAGCCUGAAAUCUGUCAUGCUGGACCUGAAAGAAUGGGCAGAAGUUUUUGAUAUAUCCUGGUAUCUUAUCAUACGGCAAUCCAGCAGCAAACUUGACCAAGAGCUGCAGCCUGUGAGCAUUGCAGAGGAUGGACCUUUAUCUAUACUCAAAGACCUGAGAGAUACCAUUCAUGAGAAUCUUAGAGGACAAAUUGCUGCCGGGAACAGCAGUGUUUACCUCUCGGAGGACUUCUUCGAAGAGAAACGGGCACCAUUCAGCCACUCCGAAGCUGAGAUUGUAUAUGAAGCCGGUGGGGAUGCCAGAUUCCUGUUGGACCAAGAGAGCAGCAUAUCGAGCUUAUCCGAUUCCUGCAAGCUUGCUAGGAUUCUCCAGAAAGUUGAUCCCUUCACAUUUGGCAUUCUUUCAUGCCGAGGGGUGCUUGAGACGGAAGGAAGUUCGCGCCGCUUUGCGUUUUCGAUACCACCGAACCUCGAACAACCUGAAUUUCUCCGGUUUCUGCUCGUAUCCGGCAGCCAGUUUCAACCGUUGGAUGACAGACUUGAGAUCGCAAAGCAACUCGCCAAGUCAGUGAUGUUUGUUCAUUCAGCAGGCUUCGUACACAAAAAUAUCCGACCAGAGACGGUGCUCAUUCUCCGCUCGGUAUACUCCGAGUCCUCUUUUUCAUUCCUAGUAGGAUUCGAAAGCUUUCGGUAUGAGGAAGGCAGAACCGAGCUGCUUGGUGAUGACAUUUGGGAACGAAAUCUCUACCGUCAUCCCACACGACAGGGUGUUUUUCCAGAAAUGGCCUACACGAUGCAGCAUGACAUAUACUCUCUCGGAGUCUGUUUGCUAGAAAUUGGCAUCGGUGAAUCUUUGGUAGUAUUCGAGUCCGAAACAGGUGCUCCACAAGCAAGCCCCUUGAUCUCAGGUGUCGUGAACUUUACUAUCAAAGACAAUAAGAAGAGAGCAUUCGAGAUCAAGCGUGCCUUGGUGAAGAUGGCACGAGAUCAACUACCGCCGAAGAUGGGUCGCAAAUAUGCGGAAACAGUCGUCACCUGCUUAACCUGCCUAGACAAAGAUGACAACUCUUUCGGGGACGAGAAGGAAUUCCUCGAUGAGAAUAGUGUCGUCGUAGGGGUUCGUUUUAUCGAGAAGGUGAGUAUUUAUGCGAAGUCUUCAGUACAGAUGCUGGUCUGA